AGAACAAGAUACUCAUUCUGAGCAACGCUGCCAAACAGGGAUCCUGACGAGUGACGGGCAGGCUCGUCCCGCGCUCCACAUGGUCGACCCUGCCCCACACAUAGUGGAGUUGGAGGUGGUUUCCGGAGGUGAUGAACCCGAUGACGACAUCCCACCGCUGGUUGAGCCCGAGGAGGCAUCACGGGUGGUGUGGAGCAUCCCACUACCAAUACCACAGUCAAGUCGGAGGCCUUGGCCUUUUUUGUUUGUGUCGAUGGGAGACAUCGCUGUCUCUGUUGGCUCUUCCCCACGCUUCCAGUGGCCAGUGUACCUGACUUGUGUAAAUGUGCCGUUACAUCAGACAGACCUUAGCCUCUGGCGCCAGGUCCGAGACCGACUUCUGCGUUUCCAUGCUUCUGUUGCCACGAGGUCCAAUCGUGCAGACUUGGAUAGACGUCAUGCUCAAAUCUAUGACGAUUUACGGCUUGUAGCUUUG